CAGCUUGGCGCUCGUCCUCUGGCCCGCCUCUCCGCUCGCCGCAGCCGAGGCUCCUCCUUCGUCCAGCCUCCGGGGCGGGGUCUGUUGGCUUGCCCUACCCUCGCCGCCUAAGCCUGCACUCCGCCAGACGGGUCCCCUCCCCGCGGCACCACGGCUUCCCUUCCACAGCACGGCGACGGGGGCUUCCCCUCAGCCGCCGCCGCCGCCUCGGUCUCCGCAGCCGGCCAAGCUCCGCCGCGUCCGCGGCCCCCGGCCGCCAUGCAGUUUAUGUUGCUUUUUAGUCGUCAGGGAAAGCUGCGGCUGCAGAAAUGGUAUGUCCCACUCUCAGACAAAGAGAAAAAGAAGAUCACAAGAGAACUUGUUCAAACCGUUUUAGCUCGGAAACCUAAGAUGUGCAGCUUCCUUGAGUGGAGAGAUCUGAAGAUUGUUUAUAAAAGAUAUGCCAGUCUAUACUUUUGCUGUGCUAUUGAGGAUCAGGACAAUGAACUGAUUACCCUGGAAAUAAUCCAUCGUUACGUGGAAUUACUUGACAAGUAUUUUGGCAGCGUGUGUGAACUUGAUAUCAUCUUUAAUUUUGAGAAGGCCUAUUUUAUUUUGGAUGAAUUUCUUUUGGGAGGAGAAGUUCAGGAAACGUCCAAGAAAAAUGUCCUUAAAGCAAUUGAACAGGCUGAUCUCCUGCAGGAGAAAACAGAGAAUAUGUUUCACAGCAAGAGUAUCAUUGGGUAUAAGAAAGCGUACUAGAAUACGAGCUGGAGUACAGACAUGCAUCAAAAUGUAGUAGGCUAUAUGAAUUCAGUUUUAAUUUUAAUCUUGUCAAGUUUAUUAUUUGUAUUUUGGCAUUAUUUGGAAAGUUAAUUGCAUUUAAAUCCCAAUGGAUAGCCCCUAUUAUUUCAUUAAAUUGAUGCUUUGUAGGAAAUUUUCCCCUAUAAUAACCCAUAAUUGGGAUUAUUGAUUUACUGCUGAGAGUCACUGACAAAGAAUUUCUAAGUACAGUAAAUCAGUAACGCUGUUAAUACAGAAUUAAACUUUUCCUGUGAGAAUGAACACUUCUAUAUGGAAAUGAAGCAUUAGGCAUUUAUAACUAAUAUUACUUUACUUGCUUAUCAUUACACUAUUCUAAAUGGGAAAGGGGCAGCUUUUAUAGCCUAAUACUUUAGAGUUCCAACUUUAAAAUCAUCUGGGAUGCUGGAAGGUCCACUCAAGACCCUACCUCGGGUUAUUUUGUCACUUUUUGAUGUGAGAACAUCUAACAUGUUAGAUGUAUUUGUAGGCAUAGACAUUUAACAAACUUGGGGAAUUCCUUAGAAUAAUUUUGAGGACUUAAAAAAAACUAAUCUUUAGCCUCAAAGUCACAUUUGUUUUAGCUAAGUCAACAAUUAAAAGCUUUCCUAGGCACUUAAUAAUACCAUAUAGUGACUAUUUUUAACUUGUUGUUGGGGGAGCUUUUUCUCUGGAGUCUCUCCUUACUGUGAUAGGACCCGAAUGAAUGUAACACACAGGUGAAAAGGGCAGUACUGUAACUGAACUUGCCGCUAAUAGAUUGACUGAAGAAACUGGCAAUCUUUUCAGCUUGGUAGUAAAUCCAGUGCUUUAGGAUUCUGUAGAAUGUAGGUCAUCUUGUUUACUGUUACAUACCAUGAACUUGAAAAAGAUAAAUCUGAACUGGGCAUUUUUUUAAGAAUGUAAAUGUUCAGCCAAAAACCAAAGAACAAAAGCAAACCUGAUGCUUUAGAUAACUUGACUGUAAACUAAACAAUCUAAAAAUUGGAUUGUGUCUCCAUCAGCUUGUAUACUGUGUGUAAGAAUAUAUGCAUUUCUUUUGUAGCCACGCCAUGAAUAUUUUAAUGUCCCUGUGUACUAAGUGACUGCUCAUCGACUAUGCAGAAUUUCACAGAGGAAAUAGAGAACUGAUAUACUUAUGAAAGAAAAUGUCCUCAGCUUGGUGACUAAUUCUCCUGUGAAAAGAUAAAAAGCAUCUUAGAGCUAGUACCUUUAUGAUUGUAUUUUUCUGUGCACAUUCCUAAUUCUAUUUUCAUUCUGUAUAUGAUAUUGAUAUAUAGUUUAUUUCUGUCUACUACUGUUUUCUUCUUGAUAAAAAUGACUUGUGAAUAUUUUGAUUAAUAUCCUAAACACAUACAAGUUAUUGUUAGUAAACCAUCUGUGAUUAAUCUUAUGAGAGUAUAACAGAAAGGCUGGGCAAUCACAAAUGUUUACCAAAGAAAAUAGUUACGAACUCAGGCAAAGUUAGCAGCGCCACAGUAUUUAGUCCAUUGUGUGUUGAAGAAAACCAAGCUUUAUUUAACACUAAGAUUAUCUUACAGUCUAUAUGAGCUAGUAUGUUCAACUGUAUCACAUAAAAGUAUAUGUUGAAGCAAUAUAAGAAAGAAAAAUCAUUUAUAAUUAUAGAAGACCUAAGGUUCAAACAUUGACUUUUCAAGAAAUUUUGUAGUGCCAAUAUUGAUUGAGCCACAUGUACGCGGUGUCAAACAGUCCCUUUGACCGUCACAAAGCUGUCACAGCGUCUCCUGAAACGUCUGUUGCUCCGUAACAACUCGUUUGUAGUAGUAAUACUGAGCCUAUUUACAUAAUAAGACAAUUUUGAUAUUCAUUUUCAGUAUCCAAACAUUUUUAUUUAUUAGUUAAUGGCUUCCUAAUUAAUAUAUUAAGCCUUCUAAACACUCAGUGCUGUGUUAACUAUGGUUGUAUAUUUUGAAAUACUAAAAGCUUUUAAUAUUAAUUUUAUAUAAGUAUGCUUUUAAAAACAUUUAGCAUAUUUUAUUAUAUAAAGUACCAGAUAACUCAUUGUUUAUAUUUAGGGAAUUUAGAGCUUAAGUAAAUUGUCUUUAAACAAUAACUUCAGAGGCAUGGUAGGGCAUGACUGUCAUCCUAGCACUUGGGAGGCUGAGGCAGGAGAUGAAUUACUAUGCUACUGAGGGAGUCCUUGUCUCAAAAGACAAAAAGUAAAUAUGCCAAAAAAUACCCAAACCAGUUUCUCACUGAAAGAUCUAUGAAAAUGUUUUAGGAAACGUAGUAUUAGGCAGCUGUAUAUAGAUCAACUAUCCCCAUUACCAUCUGAAGCAUCACAAAACAUUGGUCUUUCAUUUCCAUUUUUUCCAUCCUCCCACCCUACAUGUUGUUCAUCUGAUUUUAAUGUUGCAUAAAUAUGCAUUGUCUCAUGCCUGUUUGUUUUGGAUGCUGUGUGCUGAGCUGUAACAAAAUGUUGCGCUUUUUUUUGAGGGGAGGGUAUCUGUAUACAGCUGCUUGCUUUAAAUUAGCAGAUUCUGAAAGAGCUUUUCUUGCAUGUCUAAAAUAAAGUAUUGCAUGUACUUUGUCUCAUG